CCUCUCGUGAACGCGCACGCCGUGACGUCAACGUCUUGUUCCGGUAUCAUGGCCGCGUGCGUACAGUAAAAAUUGGUGGUGGCUGUACUAGGAGGACAUGACGUGAAUGUUUAUACGGGCAAUUGUGUUGGAGAUGUCGGUGACGCAGCUCUUUCGGCUGGUGGUCCGUCAUUCGACUGCUCCCGCGUUCAGGAGGUACAGCAAGGUGUGCCCAGCGGUACCAGAGCGAGUGCAAAUAUUUGAGUCUCUCAGGGAGAUAAAGGACAAAAAGAAGAUAGUUGAGGCUUCCGAAAAGCACCUCAGCAUCCACGUAGGUCAAGGCCAGCUUGUGAAGGGAACAUCCGGGGUCACAACGCCGCUCUCUGUCGCACAGAGUAUUCGUGAGAAAGGAGCAAUAGUGAGCAAAGUGAAUGGGGAACUAUGGGAUCUUGGGCGUCCCCUAGAGGCUGAUUGUCACCUACAAUUUAUUGGAUUUGACUCACUUGAGGGAAGACAGGUAGUAUGGCGGACUGGGGCAUGUGUGUUGAGUGGAGUGUUGGAGAGGGAGUUUGGUGCCCGGGUGUGUCGUGAAGGAGCAUCUGAGUUUGGCCUUUACUGUGACCAUUUGCUGGAGAACAGUGCCGCUGUGUCUUUGAGUGAUGUGGAGGAAAGGUGUAAAGCUGCUUCUGCCCUCAAGUUGCCUCUGACCAGGCUGGAGCUUGACGCACAAGAGAUCAGUGAGCUCUUCCAGGAUGACCAGCUCAGAUUACGACUUGUACAGGAGCAGAUGAAUGGCCCCACUGCUACAGUAUACAGGUGUGGAGACAGCAUAGCACUAUGUAAUGGCCCCCUUCUCCACCACACUGGCCUCCUCAGGGUGUUCAAGAUGCUCCGACUCUCAACUCUGACCCUGGCCGAUCAGAGUGAGUGUCCCGGUUUGAUGCGUCUCUCUGGGGUGGCCUUUCUCAGAGAGAAGGAUAAGGAGGAGUGGGACAGGGAGCAGGAGGAGGCCCACAGGAGGGACCACAGACGCAUCGGCACAGACCAAGAGCUGUUCUUCUUCAAUGAUGUCAGUCCAGGAAGCUGCUUCUUCCUGCCUAAAGGAGCCCACGUGUACAACACCCUCACUGACUUCAUCAAGAGUGAGUAUCGGCGGAGAGGAUUCACAGAGGUCAUCACCCCGACACUGUACAACGUUUCAUUGUGGGAGCGUUCGGGCCAUUGGGAGCACUACAGUGACAACAUGUUCACAGUGAACUUGGAAGGCUCUCAGACCUACGCACUCAAGCCCAUGAACUGCCCUGCACACUGCCUGAUGUUCGAGCAGCGUGUCCGCUCGUGGCGAGAGCUUCCUCUACGCUGGGCUGACUUCGGGGCGCUGCAUCGCAAUGAGCUCUCCGGCGCUCUGGGAGGUCUCACCCGUGUCCGCAGGUUCUGCCAGGACGACGCUCAUAUCUUCUGCACACCUGACCAGCUGGAAGAUGAGAUUGUGGCUUGUUUGGAUUUCGUGAGGCGCGUUUAUCAAGUGUUUGGGUUUUCCUUCCAUUGCCUUCUGUCCACACGUCCCACUCCCUGCCUCGGGGAGCCAGAGCAGUGGGACCAUGCCGAGCAGGAGUUGGAGCGGAGCCUGCAGCAGUUUGGCGAGCGGUGGGAGUUGAAUCCAGGAGAUGGAGCCUUCUAUGGGCCAAAGAUUGACAUCCAGAUCAGAGAUGCUAUUGGCCGACAGCACCAGUGCGCAACCAUCCAGUUGGACUUUCAGCUGCCAAUCAGAUUUAAUCUUCAGUAUGUGGCGCGAGAUGGCCAGUUGCAACGCCCUGUGAUGAUCCACCGUGCAGUGCUGGGAUCACUGGAGAGAAUGAUUGCCAUUUUGGCUGAAAACUUUGGAGGGAAAUGGCCACUAUGGUUGUCUCCAGCUCAGGUAAUUGUCAUCCCUGUUACGAUCAGCUGUCAGCCAGCCGCGGAACAGGUGGUUCAGCAGUUUCAUGAAGCUGGCUUCAUGGUGGACUUGAAUGAAGACACCAAGGCCACCUUAAGUAAGAGGAUCCGCUCUGCUCAGCUGGCACAGUACAACUACAUUCUGGUGGUGGGCGAUCAGGAACGUGAGAGCCACACGGUGAGUGUUCGGAGUCGAGGCGGCAAGCAGCUGGGUAGGCGACCCAUCGAGGAGGUUCUGAUGAGCCUCAAACGGCUUCGAGACUGCAAGAGUAACGAGGACAACUUUUAAUGGGGACAUACAAAGGAACAUUUAUCCAUUUCUGACAUUCAAGUAACUCAACCAAACUACAUGGAACAUGUUAUUGUAGACUUCCAGUAACUGACACAUCAUACUAUGACCACUUUUACUGGAUGUCUUUCCCUUCAAUCUCAGGCUCUCGCUUGAGCAACCCAGAAAUCCCCUAGCUUUGCCGCGCUUUGGGUUACGCAAUGCUGACAGCGGUGCAGGAGUUACAAAUUGGAUUAAACAUUAAAAAUCCUCAUUUCAUUGAAACCCCUGCAUGUACCCCUUUUUUUCAUGGCAAUUAAACCCUUACUCUGAGUUGUUCUAAUAGUACAGGAAGGGGAGUGAACAGUGACUCAUUUGCAUUAGAUAAGACUGCCCCGUUUCCAACAGGCAAAUGUCAGCAAAGCAAAUAAAUGGGGUGUAAGAUGCUAUGCUCUCGUGGUCCUUGCGAUAUUUUUGACAAACUCAUGUCACAGAAGUGUUAUAGAGCGACUUGGCAUAUCCAAGACAUCUACAACUAUUUGUGGAAAAAUUGCAUAUGUCUCGGGACAAUUCUGUAAUGUAAACCAAUGUUCAUAUACAUCAUACUUAAGCUGGCAGAAGCGCAGCUUCAUUUUUUUAAUAAAACUCCACAAACUUU